AUGGAUUGGACGUCAAGCAAAGCUGGUGCAGGCAGUGAAUUAAACGCAUAUGAUAUUAAGGACGGCUGGAUCAUGACUGCAGCAUUGUUUAUAGACUCCCGUUUUGUUUUCUUCUUUUCUUUUAUUUUCUCGUCUGCCGAGCCAUUACUACAGCAGCAACCUCCUGGUCAAAUCCUUGAAUUAAAUCCUGUAGACACAGAACAAAUUAGGAGCAACAUCGCAGCCAUCUUCACCAAGCUUGCCACGACGAAAUCAAUGAAAAAGUUUCAACAAGUUGCAUGGGGAAAUGGAGAGAGAAAAUGUCGAACAUGUUCAGAAAAUUAA